AUGUUUCAAGGAGGUACUCUAGAAGGACUCAGUAAGGAAGCCAAAGUCAAGAUUGGUCAACUUUACGAGCAAUUUCUGUGUGAACGAGAGGAGAAAGAAGAAAUUUUGGAGAAUUAUAACUACGAAAAGGAAAAAUUCGAACAGAUUAUAGAUCUCCUUCAGAGCCAAAAGCUUAAUAAUGAGAAAGUAGAGGCUGCCAAGUCUAAUCUUGAGGAAGGAUAUGGCCGUAAAAGAGUAGAUACCGAUAAUCUUGAGAAGAUACCUUUUCCGGACUGCUUUAAAUCUGACUCUAAGCCUGAUUUUAAGACUCCGGAUCAUCACCAGAACUUCCAUAGUCCUACACCAGGGACUAGAAGAAAUGAGCUUGCAAGCCCAAUCCAGUACUUUGAUAAAGUGAUUAAUGAUAUUAAAGGAAUGAAAGAUGAGUUGACUAAAAUACAUCAGGAUCAGGUGAGGCAGUUUGCCUUGGCUAGUCCGAUAUCAGCCAUGUCGAACACCUACAGGAAGAACGAUGUUGUCUCCCCAGAUAGAUUGGGACAUCCACCCGAGAGCAUCCCUGGCACUGGCGUUAAGAGUACCUCUCAGCUAAGUCUUAAGGACUUGACGAGUGAAAAAGGGGAGGUUUCUAAGAAGAAACAACGUCAAAAGAAAAACAAGCAUAUAUGCAGAAGCAGCGAAGAGUCUGAUGAUGUCGAGGAGGAAUGAAGGUGCAAAAAGAAGUCUAAAAAUAGCAAAAAGCAGCUGAAAACUUCGUAUAACCCUAAUACAAAAUAAGUACAAAAGAGAUAUGAGGGAUGAUCAAGUUUUUGGACGUGAAAAGCAGGGGGCCAAAAGCACUUAUCUCUACAAAAAGCAUGAAAAUUCCUUCGGGACAAGCUCCGAGAAAGCAUUUAAAUCGAACAGGAUUAAUCAGAGCAAGUACUCGAUGCUGAACGAAAAGGAAUAUAAGGACAAGCUCAGGAGGAUGUAUAAGAGAGCUGCUGAGAAGUCCCUCAGGAUGUCUCAGAGGUUCAGUGCAGAGAACCUCCCUUCCCAUCCAAAUCUGUACAACCGGGCUUUGUACCCCUCUGUCACUCAGAUUGCCAACUACGAGUCUAAGCAGGCUAAAAAUAGUAAUAAGAGGUACUCUGAGAAGGAAGAGAAUGUGCUACUCAAGUCGAGAAACCUUCAUGACGAGUCUCUAUUCGAGAUGAUUAAUGAGAUUGAUCACUGAUAUGAAGGCAACCGGAACGACCAAUCUCAGGAGUCUAAUUAGAGCUUUG